CCAAGAAGGACCUGGACUAUCAGAGCAUUUCCCUCCCCAGGGCAAGGCUGAUUCAGCUUAAAACAUCGGGUACCUAUGAAGAGUAGACGUGAGCCAGUGGGGACCACACACGAUGUCUGCCCAGGAGCUUGUGACCUGCCUCUGCCGGGAGGGGGACAGGCACCUGGCCCUGGGGGAGCCAGCCCUGGCCACAGCCUUCUACCUGGCUGCCUUCAGCUGCCACGCCCCCUCAGCCAUGAGGCACGUGAGGACUGCCCUGACUGAGGCCCCUGGGGCACCUGUAGUAGCCACCUUGGAGGCUUGGUGUCGUGGGGACAGCCAGAUCCCUGCCAUUCACUGGGACGGCAUGGCAGUGGUCUCCCUGACUGGGCCGCUGGCCUCCGCCUUCCUGGGUGCCCUCUGCCCAGACCACCCUGCCACUGUCCUGUACCCGUUGGCCGGCCUGUUGGCCCAUGGGCACUACAAACAAGUGGUGCAACGGUGCGAUGCCCUGCUGGACACUCACUCCCAACAGACCCUAGAGCUGCAGCUAACCCGCGCCCUGGCUUGGGUCCUGUCGGUGGACCAUGCCAGUGAGGGUAUGGCUGCCUAUCUCCAGGCCUUCGCCUCCAAUGCAGAUCGAACAGUGGCCUUCAUCCGCACCCACCAGCAGCCCUACCUCUCCACACUUCUCGGCGCCCUCAGAAACUAUCUCUCAGGACACCAAGAGGCCAUAGGCGGCAGCAGCCAGCAAGAGAUCAACUGCUGGGGACUGCUGGAGGCGCUGGACCCCAGCGGCAGCUGGAUGGCUGCCUUGUCACCUGAAGCUCUGCUACGGGGGGGCAGGUUUCAGACUUGCUUGGCAGUGUGCAGCCGGGACCUUCAGCCUGACUCCAUGGGGAACAGACUCCAAGGUGAGCGCCUGGCUGCCCUGCUGGUCACGCGCGCGGUCGCGGCCUUCUUCCUGGAUGGCCGCGCGGGGGACAUGCUGCAGGACCUGCACGAGGCCUUCCACGAGAGUCCGGCUAGCGCGCGGAGGCAGUUCCAGGCCCUGCUCUCCGCCCGCGACCGGGAGCGCGUGCGCGCCCAGGCGCAAGAGGCGGCGGACGCGGGUUUCGCCCGCUUCCAGGAGGCGGUGCGCAGCCGCCUCGAGCUCCGCCGGGACGCGGGCCGGGAUGCGCGGCGCGCGCGCGAGGACUUCCAGGUGGUGCUGGAGCGCGGGGCGCCGCACGCGGUCGGCUGCGUGCGCGCACUGUGCGGCCGCGGGCUGCUGCGGGUGCUGGCGGGCGGCGCCUUCCUGGGCGCCCUGGACUACGUCACCGCGUGCCGGCUGCGGCCGGAGGAGGCGCUGCUGGCCGCCAAGGCCUACGUGCCCUGGAACCAGCGGGGGCUGCUGCUGACCGUGCUGCGGGAGGAGGGCCGCAGGAUGCUGCUGCGCGCGCCCGGCUGCGGCAGGAAGGCGGCGGAGGUCGCGGGCUCCUCCGUGCGGGCUCCGGAGGGGGAUGCCUGUGGUGUGUACCAGCUGGCGACUCUGCUGAUGGAGCUGGACCAGGAGGAUGAGGCUUCAUGCCUCCUGGCAGCUGAUGCCCUGUACCGCUUGGGCCGCCUGGAUGAUGCCCACAAGUCCCUACUGGUGGCCCUGUCCCGGAGGCCCCAGGCAGCCCCCGUGCUGGUACGGCUCGCCCUGCUGCAGCUGCGGAGGGGCUUUGGCUAUGAUGCUAACCAGUUGGUGAAGAAGGUGAUCAAGUCCGGAGACACAGCCUGUCUCCAGGACACCCUGGCUGUCUUCCACCGUGAGGACCGGCAGCUGCUGCAAAGCCAUUGCCAUACACGGGCACUGAGCAUCCUUCGGGCACAGCCAAGCAUGUCAGACAGCGAGGCCCACACCAGAGAAGCCGUCGCCUACCUCUCGCUGGCCAUCUUUGCCGCAGGGAGUGAGGCCGGAGAGUCCCUCCUCACCCGAGCCCGCUGUUAUGGGCUCCUGGGUCAGAAGAAGACGGCCAUGUUCGACUUCAACUCCGUGCUGCGGGAGGAGCCGGGGAACGUGCAAGCUCUGUGUGGACGGGCCCUCGUGCACCUAGCCCUGGACCAGCUGCAGGAAGCUGUGGAUGACAUGGUCUCCGCCCUGAAGCUCAACCCAGGCACUGUGGUCCCUGAGAUCUGCUCCCUGAAGCCAGAAGUCCAGUUGCCCCUCACCCGGGCCCUCCAUGCCCACUGCCAGGCCCUCCUGAGUCAGCAGUUGGAUGCUGGGGCCCGCCUCAGGGAGGAGGACACCCGGGGCCUUCUUGCCAUGGGGGAAGCACUUACUAGAAUCCACACUGCACAACCGAGCUGGCACCUGUUCCUCACAGACAUCUUGACUGCACUAGGCAAGUACCAGGAGGCUGGCACCUGCUUGCAAGAAGCCUUGCACCUGAUGCCACCAUCAGAGGCUGCCCAGGCCCGGCGAGGCCUUCUCAGGCUUAAAAAGGGAGAUAUGCCAGCCGCAGCCCAGGACCUGCAGCGCCUGGCAGAGACAGAUACCCAGGAUCUCGGUUUUCUGCUGCGUCUCCUUGAAUCCUCAGAGAGGCAGAGCCUCACCCAGGCUGCAGCCCAGAAAGCAAGCACUCUCUUGGAUACAGGGCAACCCCAGCAGGCACUGGGCUACUGCUCUUUGGCAGUCCUGGCCGGUGGCAGUAGUCCCUGUCACCUGCGUCUCCGGGCAGCCUGCCUGGCCCAGCUGCAGGAGUUUGACAGGGCACUCAGGGACCUGAAUCGUGUGCUUCAGGAGGCUGCGAGGGACAGUGACCUGUCAAGGAGGGCAGAGGACUUCUGCUCCCAGGGCCGUCUGCUGCUGAGCUUGGGGGAUGAGGAGGGGGCUGCAGGGGCCUUCACACAGGCCCUGGCACUGUCACCAGCCCAGGCUCAGAACAGCCUGUGGAAGCAGCCCGGCCAGGCCCCCACAGCCACUGUGUUCCUGAUCCGUGGACAGCGCUGUCUGGAGGAUCAGCGCUAUGAAGAGGCCUGGACAGCAGCCCAGAGUGGCCUCCUAGUGGACCCCAGCCACCGUGAGCUGAAAAGGCUGAAGGCAAGGACUCGCAAGGAGGCGUCCUCCGGCUGCCGGCUGCACUAACAUGCAGCUGACCUGCCUGACCCACCCACCAGCACCUGACUUCCCAUCCCAGGUUCAAGAGAUCUGAGCAAUUCCUUCCCCACCUGUCACCUUAGGAAUAGAGGGGGCACUUCCUAUUUGUGCAGAAGGGCCAUCCUGAUUGGCUCACCGAAGCUAAAGUUCUCUGUGCACAUCUGGGCACUGGCUUUGAAGUAGCCACAGGUGGGCUCAGGACUGGCACCUCAGGGCCCUGGGAGAGAAGUGUAGGCCGAGUGUGUUGGUUUUAAUGUCACCUUGCCACAAAUUAGUCACCUAAAUAGAAAGCCUCACCUGAAGACAUCUUGAUUGCCUUAACUGAUGUGGGGAAGACCCACCCCAAAUGUGGGCGGCACAAGGAAGAUUGGCCUUUUGCUUACCUGUCCUUCCCUCACCACUAGGUGGAUUUGUCCCGUUGAUACUGCUACUGGUUCUGAUACCAGUGUUUCCAGGCUUCCACUACUGAGAACCAGAGGCUCUCCAGGAACCCACCAGGUUUUCAUUGCCAGAUUGGGGUGCUGAGGCACCCAGCCCUGUGGUUCUCAGCCUCUCCGAUGUAAGACCAAUGUUACUAUUUCAAUGUAA